AUCCCACAAUGAACCACACAGAAAGGCUUCUGGAGAAAGGCUUCUACUUACUUUCUAGAUGCCAGAUGUGUUGUUGUCUACUUUUAAAUUAUACUGAUAUGACUGCGACUGAUGUCAUUUACAUCAGUUUAUAGCAAAAUAAGAGAGUUUUUUCAGGACACAAUCUAAGCAGAAUGAUAUCAGAAUAAAUGCCACAUACAUAAUACGUAUUUGUGUAGAGGGCAUGUGGGAGUUUCAAUAUGCAACACUGGAAUGUUUUAUUAUUAUUAUUAUUACGGUUAUUAUUAUUAUCACUGUUGUUGUUGUAUUUAUUAUUAUUACAAUUGUAGUUAACGCUGCUGCUGCCGCUAACUUUAUACUGUACAUCUACAUGUAAAUGAUCCCACAGGAAUAAAUGCCGUGCAGCGCUGCCGUGUGUUGCGUGUUACAGGAUGUCCGCCCGCUUCCUCCUAAAGCAGAACUGCCUCAUCGCUCGGAAGUGGGUGGUGUCUGAUCUAGAUUUCACACACUCUUCAGUUUGCGCGAGGUACGGGACGAUGUUUCAUCCGAACGAGGCCGAGACUGCCAGGUCUUUUAAUCUGGACGAGGAACUUUAACCCUGAGGAAAAGACAUGUCUGGAAAUCUGACGCAGAUACCCUGCGAGAACAUCAAUCUGAACUUUACGCACAGCUUUCUGCCACCUGUGUUCAUCACGGUGUUUAUUGUCGGGUCUCUGUCCAACAUCUGGGGCCUGAGGAGUGUGUGCAAAAGCUGGAAAAACAUUGGAAACAUCAACAUCUUCAUGCUGAACCUCGGGGUGGCGGACCUGCUGUAUCUGUUCACCCUGCCCUUCCUCGUGCACUAUUACGCGAGCAACAGCCAGUGGACCUUUGGCCAGACCUUCUGCAAAGUGACCCGGUUCUGUUUCAAUGUCAACCUGUACGGCAGCAUCGGUUUCCUCACCUGCAUCAGCGUAUACAGGUACCUGGGCAUUGUGCACCCCAUGAAAGUGAUGGGAAAAAUCACCAGCCGACACUCGCUAAGCAUAACCGCGCUGGUCUGGCUCCUGGUCAUUGUUCAGAUCCUCCCUGACAUGUUCUUUGACAAGAACGAUGAGAAGUCACCUAACUCGUGUUUUGACACCACUUCGAACGACAUGAUCAAGACCUACCUGCCCUACAGCGUUAGCUGGGCUAUCACAGGGUUCGCAUUGCCGCUGGUUAUCAUUUUGGUGUGUUAUGGACAUAUUGUUGUGGUUCUUGCCAAGAAAGCCACCGUAAACCCUCUGCUGAAGCAGCGUUGCCUGAAGCUGGUCGUGAUUCUGGUCAUCCUGUUCUCCAUCUGUUUCAUCCCCUACCACGUGUUUCGAAAUAUCAACCUGAAAACCAGGAUUUUAAAACAGAACGGGAUCUGCUACGCCAGUUUCCGCAACGUAUACAUCAUGCAUCAGGUUGGCAGAUGCCUGGCGUGUCUGAACAGCGCCAUUAACCCGCUGAUUUAUAUCGUUGGCAAUGACGACUUUCUGGUGAAGCUGCAGAACUUCGGUAUGAGGUCCCGGCGGUCUCUGGCCAACCUGAAAGGGGCAGUGAUUUACCGCAAACCGAUGGAGGAGGCGCUGGACUCGCUAUCGGAAACUCCUGUCAGACCGGACUAGUAGAUGAAACGGUAAAUAAGUUCAUACCCGAUACGUUCACGGCUUAUCAGGCACCAACACGACUUCCACUUUUCCGGGAACGAAGUAUGUUAACUGACCUUAGAACGGUGAGACUGAGAUGUAGAUUUAUAUGCUAUAACUCAAACACAGACUAAGUCAAUAUCCUGCCAGUAUUUUCUCAGAUCCUGUUCACAUUAUGAACUGUCACAGUGAUUCACUGCCUUAUGUUCAGUGUUCAUGUUGUAUUGGCACUGACAUGUUUUGUACAUUUGAAGUGUUCCAUGUACCUGUCGAUGAUUUCUAUUGUUUAAUUUUUUAUAGUAGUAGUAAGGUUUAAACAAUCACUUAUUUCCCCAUCCCACAUGUUGGUUUGGAGGAUAUGAUGAUACAGUAGGUGACGUCACCAGUUUGGGACAAAAACACAGUUAAAGUACAAAAGUACUUUUAAAAAUUUAAAUUUAAAAGAGCAAAGUCCUUGAACCAUUACUACAGGACAAAAGUAUUACUAACAAAAUAUCUUCACAUGUUGCAAAAGUAUUACU